ACAGCAACAUCGCGAGACCGAGGUCCUUCAACCCUGCCGACAACCUCAACAUCAGCACGCCGCCUCCCUCCGCUGCAGUGCCUCGACCCCCUGUACUUAUUUCCUCCGACGAUCAUGAAGCAUCCACCCUUUCUGUCAUUACGAUUGGCUAUAGUUUUCCAGUUUCUAGUAAAUUUUAGAUCUGACGUGGUAGCUUUCCACCUUCCCGGUGGAAACCUCUAUCGCGUCGGUGGGAGGACAUACACAUGUCCCGUGACUGCUCCGCAGCUUCCCUCCUUGGACACGCUGUAUUUCGCGAGAAGCGUCCCAAGAACAAUCAACAUAGUCACCUCGACCUCGACCGACAGCAGCAAGAACAAUGCCUUUGGCACUGCUCCCCCCGCCCCCACCUCCCUCCCCUACCCCAGGCUCGGGGACGUCGUGCUCUUC